UUACAGUUGAAAUCUGACUAUAUUUUCAUAUUUAAAAACUAUUUUUAACAUAAAAGUCCCCAUUAGUUUUAGGGUUUAAUGAGUAGGGCAACUCCCUAGGGUAUUAGUUUUAUCUUCCCUGUGUAAAUUCAAGCUCCUGCACAGACUUGUAACCGCAAAAUGAAUUAAUACUGAGGAUAUACUUUUAAAGUAUAUCCCACUAAAGAGUUUCAAAGAAUGCUGACUUCAGGUUCACAUAAGGUAUAGCGACAAUCUAUUUUCCAGUGAAAGAACAAAACGUGCUGGAUGAAAUAUGUUUUAUUUCAAGCAGGGCUUUGAACCAGUUAGUUCCAGCUCGAACCCCUGCUGACAAUUUGCAUUUCUACAAGUUCCCAGGUGAUGCUAAUGCUAUUGGUUAGGGACCGAUUCUGUGAACUACUAGUAGAGCAGUGGUUCUCAAAAUUUAUUAUACAUAAGAAUCACCUGGGGAUCUUGUUAAACUGUAGAUUCUGAUUUAGUAUGUCUGGGGUAGAAAUGUAAAUUCUCAGCAGGGGUUUAAACUGGAACAGACCAGUUUGAAGCCCUACCUUCAAGUCAUAUUAAAAUGAGUUUCUAAUAGCCUGAAAUAUCUUUGCCAUCUAGAUUGGUACCAUGGGUUUGGGACACAACCAGUCAACAGACUACUACUACGAGGAAAAUGAAGUGAACGGCACUCAUGACUACAGUCAGUAUGAAGUGAUCUGUAUAAAAGAAGAGGUCAGAAAAUUUGCCAAAGUAUUCCUGCCUGCCUUCUUCACCAUAGCUUUCAUCAUUGGACUUGCAGGCAAUUCCAUAGUAGUGGCUAUUUAUGCCUAUUACAAGAAACAGAGAACCAAAACAGAUGUGUACAUCCUGAACUUGGCUGUGGCAGAUUUACUCCUACUAUUCACUCUGCCUUUUUGGGCAGUUAGUGCAGUUCAUGGGUGGGUUUUAGGGAAAACGAUGUGCAAAGUAACUUCAGCCUUGUACACAGUAAACUUUGUCUCUGGAAUGCAGUUUCUGGCUUGUAUCAGCAUAGACAGGUAUUUAGCAGUAACUAAAGCCCCAAGUCAAUCAGGAGUGGGGAGACCAGGCUGGAUCAUCUGCUCCUGUGUCUGGAUGGCUGCCAUUUUGCUGAGUAUACCCCAGCUGGUUUUUAAUACAGUAAAUGACAAUGCUAGGUGCAUUCCCAUCUUUCCACACCACUUAGGGACAUCAGUGAAAGCAGCGAUUCAAAUGCUGGAAAUCUGCAUAGGGUUUGUCGUGCCCUUUCUUAUUAUGGGAGUCUGCUCCUUUAUCACGGCAAGGAUACUCAUCAAGACACCAAACAUUAAAAAAUCUAGGCCCCUCAAAGUUCUGCUUACAGUGGUUGUAGUGUUCAUUGUCACUCAGCUGCCUUAUAAUACUGUCAAGUUCUGCCAAGCCAUAGACAUCAUCUACUCCCUGAUUACCGACUGCGAGAUGAGCAAACGCAUGGAUGUUGCCAUCCAAGUCACAGAGAGCAUCGCACUUUUCCACAGCUGCCUCAACCCAAUCCUCUAUGUUUUCAUGGGAGCCUCUUUUAAAAACUAUAUUACGAAAGUGGCCAAGACAUAUGGGUACUGGAGAAGACAGAAACAGAAUGUGGAGGAGAUUCCUUUCGACUCUGAAGGUCCCACAGAGCCAACCAGUACUUUCAGCAUUUAAAUGUAAAACUGCUCUGUCUCCUGCUUCGCUACACAUGAUUGAUACUUCUCCCUCAGAUAAAACAUCUGCAUUAUUCUGAAAUACAAAUCUUAACCACUGUGGUUACAACUUAUAACAAAGAACGGGCAGGGGUGGAAGGGUGGUGAGAGUAGAAGCAGAGAAGUGGAAAUAUGAUAAUGUACUAACAUGAAAAUUAAACAAUAGAGGAAAAUAUUAAUAACAGGGAUACAUAAAUAAAAACACUAGGCUACAGGCUAGGCCAUCUAAAACAGAUGAAGAGACCUAUGUUAAGGGGCAUUUAUAACUUUAAUUAUCUAAAUUUUAAUAUAACUAUUUCUCUGCAUUAUUUUAGUACUUAAAUAACUACAUAGUAAAAAUUAAUCUUUUUUUCAGUUGCUUAAUCUGUGAUUCCCUAAAAUCCCAGAAAGAAUAAUAAACACCAACAAAAAUAUACACAAUAAGCUUUUUCUGGUCUUUUUGAUACAUCCUGGCAAAUUUCUAAAGAUAUAGUCUGUUUCCAUGGUAUCAUCUUUGUUUAGUAAUAAUUACUUACCCUGAUGUUAGCUUUAUCAUUUAUAUGAUAGACUCAAUCCUCAGAAUAAUCAUGUUUAUCGAAGUUCUAAUUUUUGUAACAUCGUAAAGCUCUCAUCCGUUUAUGUGAAUCUAUUAUUGAGUGCUAACUAAACAAUAUAUUAGCCUAUGUAUAAAGCUUCUUAUUUUUCCUUUAAAUAUUUGUAUUUUUAAGCAAUGAAAAUAUUACAGUAAACUAUUUUUAAUAAUGGGUACAACCAAUCUUUUUAAGAACAAUGAACUAUAAAUUCUUAUAGUCCAUGUACUAUGUCCCUAUUAAAAUUAAAUUUUGAUAGAAAUUACAUUGAUCGAAAAUAGUACAUAUUAAUAUGAAUUUGAUCUCACAUACUGUAAAAAAAUCCAAAAAGAUGUGUUUUCUGCUUUUAAAAUAAAGAUCACCUAAUCAAGAUGUUAUUUUAAAAUUACUUUUCUAAAUUUGAAAAUGCUUUCAAAGGUAGAAUUUAAAGAAUUGUGAUCAUGAAACUUAUCACUGUGCAUCAUAACAUUAUUCUAGCAUAGCACCU